UACCCGUUAAGGCGGUGCUGACGGCCGCCCGCAGGGGUCCUUCCCGCCCCAUAUCCCGGAAGGCAGCGCGCUGACUCCCUCUUUUGCCGCCAUCUUGGUUCGCAGCCGUGGGGCCUGCUGGGACCAGGGCUUCGGGAGGACACCAUGACUGGGAGGCUGUGGUGCAAGGCCAUUUUUGCUGGCUACAAACGUGGCCUCCGAAACCAGCGUGAGCACACUGCCCUUCUGAAAAUUGAAGGUGUUUACGCCCGUCAGGAGACAGACUUCUACUUGGGCAAGAGGUGUGCCUACGUAUACAAAGCUAAAAACAACACCGUAACCCCCGGCGGCAAGCCCAACAGGACACGAGUGAUCUGGGGGAAGGUAACCCGUGCCCAUGGGAACAGCGGCAUGGUUCGUGCCAAGUUCCGCUCCAACCUUCCUGCCAAGGCCAUUGGACACAGAAUCCGGGUGAUGCUGUAUCCAUCUAGGAUCUAAAUUUUUAUUGGAAAUAAAAUGGAGAAUCUGUUUAA